UUGCAUAGCCAUCCCACAAACAAAAGACGGUGCCUUCCCUAACUCAAUAGGUAAAAGAUGAAGUUUGGAAAGGAGUUUGUUUCCCAGAUGGUGCAGGAAUGGCAGCAAGCCUAUAUGGACUACAAUUUUCUCAAGAAGUUGCUGAAAGAUGUCUGGAAUUUCAGACACAGAAAUGCAUCAACAUCAGCAUCAGACUUGAUGACCCCAAAAGGUACCUUAAAGAGAAGGCUCUCCCUGUAUAGAGCCUUCAGUGGCCUGACCGGUUAUCACAACAGUCUGCGAAGUUCCCUUGGAAAGAAUAACGAGGAUGAGGUAAUACUAGUCAGUGCAGCUCAACAACCAGAAGACCAUGACUCAGAAGGGAGCUACCAAACCAUGUUCUUAAUGUCUUCUGAAGAAGGGGGAGAAUAUGAGCUUGUAUUCUUCAGGAGGUUGGAUGGCGAGUUCAACAAAGUACUCAAAUUCUACAAGGCCAAGUUAAAUGAAGUGAAGUCUGAGGCAGAUGAAUUGAGUAAGCAGAUGGAUGCUCUCAUUGCUCUGAGAAUCAAGGUUGAUAAUCCAUUGAUGCAACUAAAUGGUGCCUACAAGAGUACAAAUGGUAGAGCCCCACCACCAGAUUCGGUUGUUCAUUCGAAUAAUGUUGGCAAACAAGUUGUAGCAAUGUCUCAUAUGGAUGCAAUUCAAGAAGUUGAGAUGGGCAGUGAAGGGAUUUCUGAGGAUCAAAUGAGAACAGGUGGCAGGGAAUCAAAGAGCAAUCAUCAGAGGAUGCGAGACAAAAGCAAUUUAAAUGUUGCUGAGGGAUUCGCGUUUCCUGAAUUAGAAGUCUUGGAUCAUGUAAGGGUCAAUGUUGAACCAGAAACUCCUGUCUCAACUUUGAAAAACGUCUUUGUGAGCUCAAAAUCCGAUCUGUCAUUCAGCAAGGAGGAGUUAAAGAAAGCAGAGGACAAAAUCAAACAGGCAUUUGUUCAAUAUCAAAAGCUUCGACUCCUUAAAAGUUACUGCUUCUUGAAUUUAUUGGCUUUCUCUAAGAUCAUGAAGAAGUAUGACAAGAUCACAUCAAGGAGUGCAUCAAAAACUUAUCUAGAAAUGGUUGACAAUUCUUGUCUAGGGAACUCUGAUGAGAUUACUAGACUAACAGAAAGAGUGGAGGCUACGAUCAUAAAGCACUUCGCCAAUGGAAAUCACAGGGAAGGCAUGAGACUUUUAAGGCCACAGCCUUACAGAGAGAGGCAUAGUGUAACAUUUUUCUUGGGUCUCUUCUCUGGCUGCUCGAUCGCGCUGGUAGCAGCCAUUAUAGUCUCCAUCCAUGCAAGAAACCUUCUUAAUAGUAAGGAACGAGGACGAUACAUGGAAAAUAUAUUCCCACUUUACAGCUUGUUUGGCUACAUCGUCCUACAUAUGGUCCUAUUUGCCGUGAAUAUGUAUCUCUGGAGGUGUUUUCGAGUUAACUAUCCCUUUAUAUUUGGAUUCAAAGAAUUCGUUGGUUAUAGAGAAGUCCUCCUCCUUGCUUCUGGUCUUUCAGUACUCACUUUGGCUGCUGUGCUUUCAAACCUGGAUAUGGAAAUGGACUCUGGAACCAAAAGCUACAGGACAAUCACUGAAUUGGUGCCAUUAGGCCUUGUAACUGUAGUGCUUUUUAUACUCUUUUGUCCUUUCAACACCAUAUAUCGCUCAAGCCGCUUCUUUCUUAUUCAAUGCUCAUGGCGCUGUCUCUGUGCCCCUCUUUACAAGGUUACUCUCCCGGACUUUUUCUUGGCCGAUCAGCUCACUAGCCAGAUUCAGGCAUUCAGGAGCCUGGAAUUCUAUGUCUGUUACUAUGGUUGGGGAGACUUCAAAAGGAGAUCAAACAGGUGCCAGGAGACAGUUUAUCAAAUCUUUUACAUCAUUAUAGCAGUCGUUCCUUUUUGGGCUCGCUUUCUUCAGUGUCUGCGUCGGUGGUUGGAGGAAGGCGAUCCUGUGCAAGUGCUUAAUGGGCUCAAGUAUUUCUCAACAAUUGUUGCUGUUGUGAUGAGGACUAUUUAUGAUCUCAGAAGAGGUACCUUUUGGAAGAUUAUGGCAGCUGCCAGUUCUGGAGUUACUACAAUUGGCAGCGCGUACUGGGACAUUGUAAUGGAUUGGGGUCUCUUGCGAAGAAAUUCCAAAAACCCCUGGCUCAGAGAUAAGCUCCUCAUAUCUAACAAGAAGAUUUACUUUGCUGCCAUCGUCAUUAAUAUCCUGUUAAGACUUGUGUGGAUGCAGCUGGUUCUUGAUUUGCAAGAAGCACCAUUCCUCCACAGGAAAGCCUUAGUUGCAGUCGUUGCCUGUCUCGAAAUCCUUCGGCGAGGCAUCUGGAACUUCUUCAGGCUGGAAAACGAGCACUUGAAUAACGUAGGGAAGUACAGGGCGUUUAAGUCGGUACCACUGCCUUUUUACCACGACGGAGAGAAAAAUAGAAUGCAGAUAAGGCAUUAAUCAACAAAAACGUUUGCACAUCAGACCCUUCAUUUUCUUUCACUCAUUUCUCGUCCGGAACGAAGAACACCACCAGAUUAACGAGUGGAAUUAGCACCAUUGAAUUGAAUUGGGUGGACCAGUUUCAACUGGAUUGCUCUUCAUUUUUUGGGGACCUCAAUAAUGGCAGGUUGGAGAACUAGCAUUUGAACAAUGUUGGGAAGUACAGGGCGUUCAAGUCAGUACCACACCUUUUUUCACCAUGAUGGGGACAAGAGUACGCGAUUGUAUACAAAGCAGUACAGCACAAGAAAAAUGCUCCUCUUUCAUCUUUUUACAUUUCUUAACCACAACUGCCUGUAUCCGCUGAUCUAUAACAAGGAAGUAUUACAUUGCAGCUUUCUCUUUUAGUAGGUAUGCAUAGAGACAUAUAGUGCUAGUAGUUUGUACAGACAUACAUAUAAAUGUAAAUUUGCGGGAGGAUAACCCCCGUUUUGUCUUGAAGAAAUGAACAGAGGCAGAUAACAGCAACAUAUCAAAAUGCAAUACCAAGUCAAAGAUGGCAAAGGAAUCUCCAGAUGGCUAUACUUCUAAGGUAACGGCUUUUACGUCAGAAAAAUAUCCAAUAAGCAAUCUACAAUGAACCACUAGGGUUGGUCUAGCAUUCAGGAGAGGGCUUUUAUAGUCUUCCCUGCAGCUGGAUUCAAGGUUCAAAUCCUAUGCCUCACAGUUGUGGGUGGGAAGGUACAAAAAAAAAAA